AUGUCGCUGAUUCCAAGCUUCUUCGGAAACCGCCGCGGCCGCAGCAGCAGCGGCGCGUGGGAUCCAUUCUCUGCCCUGGACGCCUUCGAUCCCUUCAGGGACUUCCAGAUCAACUUCCCCUCGUCGGCGGCUCUGAUCCCCGGCGGCGGCGGGGAGAACACCGCGUUCGUGAACACGAGGAUCGACUGGAAGGAGACGCCGGAGGCGCACGUAUUCAAGGCGGACCUGCCGGGGCUGAAGAAGGAGGAGGUGAAGGUGGAGGUGGAGGACGACAGGGUGCUGCAGAUCAGCGGGGAGAGGCGCGUGGAGAAGGAGGACAAGGACGACACGUGGCACCGCGUGGAGAGGAGCAGCGGGAAGUUCGUGAGGAGGUUCCGGCUGCCGGAGAACGCGAAGAUGGAUGAGAUCAAAGCCGGGAUGGAGAACGGUGUGCUGACGGUGACGGUGCCCAAGGCCGAGGUCAAGAAGCCCGACGUCAAGGCGAUCGAGAUCUCUGGUUAA